UAUGGUGCUACAUUCCAACAAUAGAAUACACUUUAUCCCAUAACAAUAGCAUUUUUUAAGUUGGUGAUCUUCAAAAACAUGCCAUAUCAUGGCUCCUUAACAGAACAUACCUCGUGAUCUCUAGAGGUGAUCACGUCGCUAAACUGAAUAUACGUGUUUUGUCAACUCGUAUACGCAACAACGAAAUAUUGCACUCAAUUUUCUCAAAACUAUGAGGUAUAUGAUCAUUAACUCCAAUAUGGACGAUAAUCGUGAUUACCCAUUAACCAAACGUCGUAGUAAAUUGCGCGAGCAAUUUCAGGCAAUUCCCCAGGUCGAGGUCGAAUCGGCAACAUCAAGCGAUUACAUAUAUCCAAAGAUCGCUAAAAGAGAAACAAGCGCAAGGCGCUCAUUGGCGCGAGAAAAUAAUAAACGAAACCAAAUUUCUCGAUACAGUCGAUUCGAUACUGAAGAUUCUUAUGCGAAGCAAUAUGACUCUACGUAUCUCUAUUCAAGAAGAGAAUUAUAUAAUCAUGAGUAUGGUGUCUAUAAUAUGCGUCCCAAACCGCCACUGUCGCGCAGAGUUCAAGACGCAUCAUUUGUGGGCAACAGAGUGUAUAAUGCUUCGCCAAAGAAAAGUGCCACUGGUGCUAGCUCUACCCGCCGAGGGGACAUUAGUUUAAACAAUACUAAGGAAAGCGUUCGAAAUAUUUCUUUCCCGCAAGAGAACACCGCCUUGUCAAGGGACAGAACGGGCAAAAUGCAGUUGAAGUCUAAUAUCCAACAGCACCAAGAUACAUUUAGAUCGACAGUUGUGGAUUCAUUCAUGGUUAACGGAGAUUUAGUGUCGAACAAUCAUCUGGACCAACCAACGCGUACCAGAACCACUUCACAAAGGCGUCCGUCCAUCGUGAGGUAUGAAUUAGGAACAGAAGAACUUCAGUCAGUAGAACAGCCCGCCAUCAGUAAUGAUACCGAUACUCAAAAUACUGAUGUGCAUACAACGCAAAUAAAGGAUGUGCCAAUGAAGGACGCAGAGGCCGACACUAUACCUGUCUAUCAGAUGGAUGUUGAUGCAGCGACUCCUGCUGAACCCCCUGUAAAAAUAGAGAGUUCACCCAAAAGAAAAAGGGGGAGGCCCAAAGGUUCUAAAAGUGCAGCCCCAAGUAAACGUGGACCUGCUACUAAAAAAGUAAAAGUUGAACGGGUAGUGGUAGAAAAGAUUGACCUUGCACCUGCAAUAAAGAGGAUCGGUGCUAGAACACGCUCAAACAAUAAUCUAAAUUUGAAUAUUGUAAACACACGUCAUAUGGCUGAUGAACGUGAAGCACUGAAAACAGAUGAAUCGGAUAGUGUAACUGUGGAAAAGGUAGAUAACGAUGCAAACACGGAGGCUGAGACUACUUCUGCUGCUGAUCGUGUAGCGUUAACAUCGAGAAGCAAAAGGAAAGAUAUUAACAUUGUGGUAGUGGACGAUGAUACAAAGGACUCUGAUUAUGGUGUCACACCUAAGCGAGUACCUAAAGUUACAAAUCGUAAAGAUAAACAAAAAGUGGUCGUCAAGAAAACUACAGGUGGACAUGCCGAUGUGCCUAUUACUAAGACUCGUGGAUCAAAAAGAGGAAAAGAAAACAAAGGGUCAGCUUCUUCAAUGCGUAUAGAGGAAGGAACGCAAACAGAAGAUGGUGAACCGGUACUAGAGGAAAAUACUCCUGUAUAUGAUAGUGUAGAAAGCGAAAGAUUACUAAUGUUUGAGCAGUAUUUAGAUAUGAGUGAAAGGAUGUACUGCGGACGCCCUUUUUGUAUCAGAAAAAAAUCGGAUUCAGAGGACCCGGCUGAAAACAAUGUUGAUGAAGCUGUAAGUGAUGAUGAAUCGUUUAUAAAUAAACUUCUGGAAGAAGUUGAGCAUCCUUUAUCAGGAGAAAGGCGUGCGAGCGUGAAUAAGACAAAUAAUGGCGCGAAAACUGGCGCCAAGAAUUCCUUUGAACAUACUGAUGAUAGCAUGAGUGUUGAUGAUCCAUUGGAAUUUUACUGUUCCAAGAUUGAUUUCAGAUUUAAAGUGUCAUUUGCCAUGCUUACGUCUAACAUCAGACAGUCCCAAGUAUUGGAUCUUUGGGGACCAAAGGAAAUUGUUUUGUUUGAAUUGGGUAUUUUUAAAUAUGGUAAGGAAUUUUUUGAAAUACAACGUAAGAUUCCUACCAAGUCUGUUAAGGAGAUUGUAGAUAUGUAUUAUUUCUGGAAGAAGACAAACAGGUAUAGGAUGUGGAAAGCAAACAGACUAUACUGAUGUCGCCCAGACAGUGUAAAUGUUGCACUUAUGUGUUGUCAAAUACCCAAUCAAUGUUGUUUAAAUCUCCACACAUUAAACAAGUAUAAUUUUUGCUUUU